AUGCGCUAUUCUGACAUAGGUUUUUUUUAUUUCUCCUUUAAUAUACAAUUUAUACUGUACGUCCACCCCCUAACAGAUGAUAUAGAGUACAACUACCCAGCUACAGUACGGUUUCCUUAUGACACGUCAGUGCGGACUACCGAACGGUACAUCGUCGCCUACUGCCUCGUUCUGUUUACAUUCAAUUACAUUUCCUAUUUCGUAGUUGUUAACGACCUUAUCAUGCAAGCCCAACUUAUACCUCUAGUGUGCCAGUAUGCAGUUCUUUGUGACUGUUUUGAGAAUAUCAUAACUGACUGUAGCGAAGGAUUUUCAGAUUUAGACGAUGUAAAAUUGUUUGCAAAUGAAAAAUUUCAAGAAAUUUAUUAUUCUAGAUUGAGAAAAUUAGUAAAACAGCAUAAAAUUAUUUUAGUCCACACACAGGAGCUAAAGCAGGCACUAAGUGCUCCAAUGCUAGGACAAUUUCUUGCAAGUGGAAUUCUCAUGAGUUUGGCUGCUUACCAAUCGUCGGCGGCUUUAAAUAAAAGUAUUAUCAAGACGGUAAUGAACCUCCUCUAUUUAGCUUAUAACAUGUUCAUAUUGUACAUCCUGUGCAAUUGGUGCGAUGAAAUCAAAAUGCAGAGUCAGCGAAUCGGAGAUUCUGUUUAUUUAUCGGGUUGGGAGCGUGGUGUGGUGGCAUUACCUGGCGUGCGCGCAAGUCUUAUGAUCAUAGUGGCUAGAGCUUUUAAGGCUCCUGUUUUUUCCGCUGGAGGAAUUUACGAUCUUUCAUUGAUAUCAUAUACAACAUUGGUAAAAACGUCGUACAGUGCUCUGACAGUUUUACUAAGUGUUCGUCAACGUGAUACGUCAUAAAAUAUAAGACAGAAAUCAUCAUUGUUCCCGAUUAGUA